AUGGACCCUUCUUCACUGAAACCUAGCCUCCUCAAGAACAUCCUUGUACGCUUCCUUUCCUUCGGCGUCCUCAUCUUCGCCGUCCGUUUUGCUUUCUUAGUCGCCAUCAGGGGCCAAUCCUGCUCCGUGGGCGAUGACUUCUGCCUCUUCAACGUCCGCCACACGUCUUCCGUUGCCGUCCAAUCUGAUAAAAGAUACAUCCAUUAUUACGCCUCUGUUUUUCAAGACUUGAUCGCCUAUGGGUAUCUUUCUCCCAACUCGAAGUCUCUUUGCAUUGAAACCCUGACCGGAGAGGAAGUCCAAGCCUUGAAAAGAAUCGGCGUUUUAGAUUCCGUCGGGAUUCCCAAAAGAGCAUCACGGAAACUUCCGUUCAAAGGCAACACCUUUGACUUCGAGUUCUCAAGCGGUUUGGAGGGCUAUCGUUUCCCGGUGGAGUUGGGUUCGGAGAUUUGCCGGACGCUAAAACCAGGCGGGUUCUUGGUGGUUCACUUGACGGCUAAAGAUGCCUAUAGUUUUCAAUCAUUUCUUGAUCUGUUUGAUUGCUUGAGAUUGAUCAGGUCUCGUGAAACCGACGGCCCUGAUCCUUCUACCAAAAUCCAGGAGAUUGUGAUGAAGAAAGAGAGGCAGAAACAAUCAUCUCUAGGUAACAACAAUAAUUCAGAGUUGAGACGCGAAAUAAUCCGAAAUGCGGAGCCUUUGAUCGAACAAGAACCCUUAAAACCAUGGAUCACAUUGAAAAGAAACAUCCAAAACAUCAAAUACUUGACUUCAAUGGUGGACAUUAGUUUCAAACGCAAGUACGUCUACAUAGACGUAGGAGCAAGAAGCUACGCAUCAAGCAUUGGCAACUGGUUCAAGAAACAAUACCCGAAACAGAACAAAAACUUCGAAAUAUACGGCAUUGAAGCCGAUAAGGCAUUUCAUGAAGAGUACAAGGCGAAGAAAAGUGUGAAGCUAUUGCCUUACGCGGCGUGGAUUAGGAACGAGACAUUGUUUUUCGAGAUAACCAGGGAUCCCAAAGGGAAGAGUAUGGGAAUGCAGCGAGGUAGAGGGAUGGGGAGGAUACACCCGGUUCAGUCAUCAGCUAGCUACGUGGAUGAUGUGGAUAAGAUUCAAGGGUUUGAUUUAGCAGAGUGGUUGAAGAGUGUGGUGGGCGAGAGAGACUUUGUGGUGAUGAAAAUGGAUGUGGAGGGCACCGAGUUUCAUUUGAUGCCAAGGUUGAUUGAGACCGGAGCAAUCUAUUUGAUCGAUGAGGUGUUUUUGGAGUGUCAUUAUGAUAGAUGGCAGAAAUGUUGUCCUGGACAGAGAAGCCCCAAGUAUCACAACACAUAUCGCCAAUGCUUGGACUUGUUUACUUCUUUGAGAGCUAGAGGGGUUCUUGUACAUCAAUGGCGGUGA